GAUGUGAAGCCGUGCUCUGGCUUGUCCGGCCCCCGGCCCUCAGCCCCAUUACACCAUCCGCCGCGGCAGCCGCUGCAGCCGCUGCCACCCGCGCAGCCUGGGAGGGCGGGAGGCGGCUCGGCGUGGCGGGGCGGGGCGAGCGGCGCGGCCGGAUUCAUUCCUGUGGGGCGCGGGGCAUGGCGGAGCGGGGCGGCCGCAGGCGGAGCGGGGCGGCCCGGACAACGGUUUCACUUUGAAGGGACGGCCGGCGGCGGCGGGGAGGAUUAGCCCCCGGGCAGCCAUCCAGGCGACAACAGGGCCUUCCAGCCUCGCGCCCUUGGCCCGCUCUCCUCUGCAGAUGUGAGAAAGGGAAACAUUUCUGCACCCGCGCCUUCUGCCUCUGUCGGUUGUACUCUCCCUGGGCGUGUGCAGAGCAGAAACUAGAACAAAGCUUGGCUGCUUAGGAGGCGAGAAAACCGGUUGCGUGUUUAAAUUUACCGUAUAUAGAGAAGAGACUGCCUUCCACGAAAACAUUUGGGUCUCUUUUGGUGCUCUGGUUGUCAGAUGUUGGAAGGCAGUAGACAGAACACACUCUCCGUGGUUUUAUAUCCGUUCUGGGGUGCAGUGAUUAACACUGAACUUUGGUUCCUCUAACUCUUGCCUGGGUCGAUAGAGUUAAGCUGGAGCUUUGCUUCGAAGGAUAAAUAAAGCACAGCCUCUCAACUGGACAUAAAUGGAUCUAAAGACAGCAGUAUUUAACGCAGCUCGAGAUGGCAAACUCCGGCUUCUCACCAAAUUGUUGGCAAGCAAAUCCAAAGAGGAGGUUUCCUCCUUGAUCUCUGAAAAAACAAAUGGGGCCACGCCACUCUUGAUGGCCGCCAGGUAUGGGCAUCUUGACAUGGUGGAAUUCCUCCUAGAGCGGUGCAGUGCCUCCAUAGAAGUAGGGGGCUCCGUCAGUUUUGAUGGGGAAACCAUUGAGGGGGCUCCGCCUUUGUGGGCCGCUUCCGCAGCAGGACAUCUGAAGGUGGUUCAGUCUUUGUUAAAUCACGGAGCGUCUGUCAACAACACGACUUUAACCAAUUCCACGCCCCUUCGAGCUGCCUGUUUUGAUGGCCAUUUGGAAAUAGUCAAGUACCUGGUAGAACACAAAGCUGAUUUGGAAGUGUCAAACCGCCAUGGGCAUACGUGCUUGAUGAUCUCAUGUUAUAAAGGACACAAAGAGAUUGCUCAGUAUUUACUUGAAAAGGGGGCAGAUGUCAAUAGGAAAAGUGUUAAAGGUAAUACUGCAUUGCAUGAUUGUGCAGAGUCUGGAAGUUUGGACAUUAUGAAGAUGCUUCUUAUGUAUUGUGCCAAGAUGGAAAAGGAUGGUUAUGGAAUGACUCCCCUUCUCUCUGCAAGUGUGACUGGUCACACAAAUAUUGUGGAUUUUCUGACUCACCAUGCACAGACCAGCAAGACAGAAAGGAUCAAUGCACUAGAGCUCCUGGGAGCUACAUUUGUAGACAAAAAAAGAGACCUCCUUGGGGCUUUGAAAUACUGGAAAAAGGCAAUGAACAUGAGGUACAGUGAUAGGACUAAUAUCAUUAGCAAACCAGUACCGCAGACACUAAUAAUGGCUUAUGAUUACGCCAAAGAGGUAAACAGUGCAGAAGAGCUAGAAGGUCUUAUUGCUGAUCCUGAUGAGAUGAGAAUGCAGGCACUGUUAAUUAGAGAACGCAUUCUCGGUCCUUCUCAUCCUGACACCUCUUACUAUAUUAGAUAUAGAGGUGCUGUGUAUGCAGACUCUGGAAAUUUCAAACGAUGCAUCAACCUAUGGAAGUAUGCUUUGGAUAUGCAGCAGAACAAUUUGGACCCUCUCAGCCCGAUGACCGCCAGCAGCCUAUUAUCUUUUGCAGAACUGUUCUCUUUCAUGCUGCAGGAUAGGGCUAAAGGCCUGCUGGGCACCACUGUUACCUUUGAUGAUCUUAUGGGCAUACUGUGCAAAAGUGUCCUUGAAAUAGAGCGAGCUAUCAAACAAACUCAGUGUCCAGCUGACCCAUUACAGUUAAAUAAGGCUCUUUCCAUCAUUUUGCACUUGAUUUGCUUAUUAGAAAAAGUUCCUUGUACUCUAGAACAGGACCAUUUCAAAAAGCAGACUAUAUACAGGUUUCUUAAGCUGCAUCCAAGGGGAAAGAAUAACUUCAGCCCUCUUCAUCUGGCUGUGGACAAGAAUACUACCUGUGUAGGGCGGUACCCUGUUUGUAAAUUUCCAUCUCUGCAAGUUACUGCAAUACUGAUAGAAUGUGGUGCUGAUGUGAACGUCAGAGACUCUGAUGACAACAGUCCCCUCCAUAUCGCUGCUCUGAACAACCAUCCAGACAUCAUGAAUCUCCUUAUUAAAUCAGGUGCACAUUUUGAUGCCACAAACUUGCACAAACAAACUGCUAGUGAUCUGCUGGAUGAGAAGGAAAUAGCUAAGAACUUGAUCCAGCCUAUAAACCAUACCACGUUGCAGUGUCUUGCUGCCCGUGUCAUAGUGAAUCAUAGAAUAUACUAUAAAGGGCACAUCCCAGAAAAGCUAGAGACCUUUGUUUCUCUUCACAGAUGAUAUUUUGACUGUUAAAGCACGAAUUGGUAACAGUUGUUUCAUAAAUGAGCACUGUUGUGAUAACACCAGCAUUCAUUUAGCUUGAUUCCAUUGUGCUCUCAUUGGCUAAAGCAUUGUAAGCAUCAAAUUUACAGGAUUGGUUUCCCAGUAUUUAAUAUAAAUAUACCAUAUAAUAUAUUGUUUGUGAAUUACUGAGAAAUGAAAUGUCAUAUUCAGUUUCUAAAAUUGUCUGCCAAAGGCUUAUCCAUUCUGGUUUUGUUUGUGUUUGGUGUUUGGGACAGAACCAUUUUUCAGUGGUGUCUUUAUACUUUUCUGAUUUGUGAAUUUUAUACAAUUGAAGGUCUUUUUUUCUGCUUCUUCCCUCUUUUCUCCAAACUUCUCUCCUGUUUCCACUUUAUUUUUAACUUAACCAUUUCUACUUAGCAGUUUUUCUCCCCUCAAGGGCACAUGUUAAGUUGUACAACUUUAUGGACUUGUUAGCAUUUGCAGUUUACCAUAAGUGCUUUAUCUUCUCUAUGCACGGGCUUCAACUUGACUGUUGUAUGUGAGCAUAUUUCUAUGCAGCAGUUGGUCAGCUUCAACUCUGAAACACUGUUAAGUACGUUACAAAGUUCAUUGUAUGAAAGUACUCUUGUAGCAUGACAAUUUGUAGAGCUACAGGUUAGCUACCAGAGCUUGAGCUUUUUUGUUGUUUUAUUCUUUACAUCUGAGAUUUCUUUUUCUAAUCCACUGAAAUUAUUGUGUACUAAAUUUGGGAAGAAAAUCUAUUCUAACUCAUUAACCCAGUUGAGAUUUAGGUCUGUCAUCUUAAUAUAUCAUGCAGUAAAAGGAAGACUCUUCACAAAGAAACACACCUUUCAUGCUACGCCAGCAUUGUCCUGCUUGUGCCGAUGAUGUGAUUAAAUGUAGAGAAUUUGCUUAAAUUUAACCUCAGAGUUUAUCACACAGCUUAAUGGGUCUCAUUGAAAUAUUCAAUAAUUGAACUGCAAAUCACUUUUAGUUACUAAAAGAGCUGAAGCAUGUCAGUGGCAUGAUGCUUGCCAAGCCAGACCUAGGCAUCUAGGAUAAUUAAGGUAUUUUAGUAUGCAAUUUACUGCCAUAGUAUCAAAGGUCAGUAACAGUGUUCUUUCUUUCUUCAAGCUUAAGUAUACCUUUGAAGAUAACUUGCAUGGAUUACUUUGGUCUCAAUUAUUUGUCACCAGAAUUAAACACAAAAGGUUGCAGUGCUUCCUGUUCCUUCACUGAAAAUUAACUUUUUUCUUUUUUUUUUUUCUUCCUUCCUUCCCCUUGCUUCCUCCCUUCUGUCUUUCUUUCUUUCUUUUUUUUAACAGCUUUGCUAAUGCCACAGAAAGGGCUCUUUUAAGAAAAAAUAAGUGAAAAGUACUAAAAAAAGUUCAGGUAAUUAUCAUUCAGCACUUUAUUGUUACUCAGAAUAAAAUUUAUGAUGGCAUAUUUGCCUUGCCAAUGUCUUAAUAAAGUUGUUCUGAAUAAAAAGCUCCUUAUUGGUUUGAGAAAAACUCAGUUUACCUGUGAGUUUAAUGAGCUGGAUCACUUGGAUUUUUGUGUUGGCAUUUUAUUCUGAGGGUGGAUGUAGUGGUAUUAAGAGUUGUCAUUGCAAACAGUCAUGUUAGGUUUAUUUCAUCUUUACUCAGUAAAAAACUUGUAAUGAAGAAUUGUAAAUAAAUAAAAAAGCUUUAGACUCA